AUGGUCAGGCGACGCUUUCCGGUCCUGCUGCUUCACAUCUUCAGUAUGUUUGCCGGAACAGCAGGAAAUACUCAGGAAAUCCUGUAUCCCUUUGGACCCGAGCAUAGGGAUCUAGAAACCCCAAAGAUGGACGAUGGAAGUUCAGCUGAGAUCACAUUGAGUAUUUCUUUUGUUUACUUCAAUAUCCCGUAUCGCACAGUCUACGUAAAUAACAACGGCGUGAUUUCCUUCAACGUUCAGGUAAGCCAGUUCACGCCGGAGGCCUUCCCGCUCAGCGACAGCCGCUCCUUCAUUGCUCCGCUGUGGGCUGAUGUGCACAAUGGGAUCAGGGGCGAUGUUUACUACAGGGAAAGCACCGAGCCAGAGCUGCUGGAGAAGGCCACGCAGGACGUCCGCAAGUACUUCAAGAACAUGCCCGCUUUCACCGCCACUUGGGUUUUCAUCACCACGUGGCACCAAGUCACUUUCUACGGAGGAAGCCAGACCACUCCAGUUAGGUUCAAAUGCAUUUUACUGUUGAACCUAGCAUAA